AUGUCAGCUCAGCCCGCAGAGGAGCUCGGCUCCGAGGGGAAGUGGUUCGGGGAAGACUACGGGAGGAACGGCCUGUUUGGGAACGCGGCGACCCGCUUCGACGAGCCGCGGACUGGUGAGGAUAAGGAAGAGGAUGACCUGCCGCAACAAUUUAAUCCUUUUCAAGGGGGCGACGGGAAAAGGCCCGCCGUCGCUAUGGAAACUGCAUCUACAGAUGACCUCAUGUCUGGCCUGUUUAAGAAGCCCAUGACUGACGAAGGCGACGUGUACACCUCCCUGCUGUCCAACCAGAGUUUCACGUCCAGCCGGGAAGACUCAUACCUGUCAGAAGAUUUAAAACCCUCCAUAUCUCCCACUGCAUCCUCCACCUUGAACAACUUCUCCAGCACCACCUACAGCUUCAGCUCCAGUACCAAGAUGUCGUCCGAUCUCUUUGAUGACAUGCCCAAAUCUCUGCUGAGCUCGGAUAAGACAGAACCCUACAACUACAUGGACAUCAGCCAUGGAGACGAGAGCUACGCUGAGCAGCAGGCCCCUCCACAAAGUCUGGUGGACACCACCUCAGGAGGUCAUGACCUGCUGGGAAGCUACAUGGAUAAGUACACUGGCAGAGAUGACGAGGGCAAGGAUGAAGAGGAAGAGGAAGAGGAAGAGAACCUAGGUCCAGCACUGGACUCACCCUCUUUCCCAUACGUGGAGGAGCCGUCGGACGAGGAGUUGUCAGACUACCGCUCCUACCAGAACCUGGGCAACACCCCUCAAUCAGCCAGCCCAGUGAAGAUCACCUUCACUGAGUAUCAGUCUACGGCCCAAACGCAGCACACUCCUGCUCCGACCGGUGUGUCGGAGCGUGAGAACGUCCUCAGCGUGGGUUUACAGGGGGUUCCCACUGUGACCUUAUCAGAGCCGGAGGAUGACAGCCCGGCCUCCACACCCAACGCUUCCCCAACACAAAAAGAAUUCCCUCCCCAUGAUGUGAUCAAGGCUGACACUGGGAAGACGGCAGCUUCUAAAAGCAAAGAUGCUGGCACCAGGGAGCCGGAUGGCAGCAGUGCAGAGUCUGGAGACUCAGAGAUUGAGCUGGUGUCCGAGGAGCCUCCCAAGCCCACUAGUAACCCAUUUGCCCAACCGCCUAAAGGAAAGGAUGCUUUCAGCCAGUCCAACAACCCCUUUGAUAAUCUCCCCGUUCUCAAGGGUGGUAUUGGCUCAGCUGGCAACCAUGCUCCACCUACGGCCUACAGCAUUCUGCGGGAGGAGAGAGAGGCAGAGCUUGACAGCGAUCUCUUCAUUGAGUCUGCCUCAGAAGAGAGCCCAAAGAGAGAGCAGGGCUUCAGUGGCCCCAAACAGGGGGUGAGCCCUCCCUCUCCGCUGCUGUCCAGCAUUGUCCCUCCCCGCAGCACUGCUGAGACCCUGCCAGCCGAGCCCCUGAUCACAGAAAAUGUCAAAACCCCAGUAAAAACAGAAGAGGAUCGCCCCAGCAAACCUAAUCUCCCCACCGCCACAGUGCCCCCAGAGGUGCGGCUGGAGAAGCCACAUACAGACGACAUGCAGCAACACACCGCUGAGGUGGAGGGAGACUUGGAGAAACCUGCAGAGAUGAUGUUUCUGGGAGGAAUGAACAAACAAAAAGCGAUUGACCUGCUCUACUGGAGGAAUGUGAAACAGUCUGGAGCCGUGUUCAGCAGCGUGCUGCUGCUGCUCUUCUCUCUGACCCAGUUCAGUGUCGUCAGCGUGGGAGCCUACCUGGCCCUGGCUGCCCUCUCUGCCACCAUCAGCUUCAGGAUCUACAAGUCUGUGCUGCAGGCCGUGCAGAAGACCGAUGAGGGACAUCCUUUCAAGUCCUACCUGGAGAUGGAGAUCUCUCUGUCCCAGGACCAGAUCAGUAAAUACGCCGACAAAAUCCUGCUCUACACCAACACCUGCAUGAAGGAGCUCCGCCGGCUGUUCCUGGUCCAGGAUCUGGUCGAUUCCUUGAAGUUUGCUGUGCUGAUGUGGCUGCUGACCUACGUGGGAGCUAUCUUCAACGGCCUGACGCUGCUCAUUCUAGCCGUGGUCUCCAUGUUUACCAUGCCCGUGGUCUAUGAGAAACAUCAGGCACAGAUUGAUCAAUACGUGGGAUUAAUACGGACCCAGGUCAACUCGGUGGUAGGAAAGAUCCAGGCGAAGAUUCCUGGAGCUAAGAGGAAGGAGGAGUAGAGCAGCGCCCCCAGCUGUCAACCUGGCGAUAUUGGCACCUUGGUGUUUCUCUA